UGCCAAUGUACUGGUUCGACCUAUUUGGCGCGACGGGAGAGCUUUCGGCGAGCAACGAAGUCGUAUGCAUGGCCAUGCAGCCCGCACUCUAGCUCGUCUCGCGCGUCCUCCGAGGUGGCCAUCCGUUCUGGCGAGCUGUUCUCGAUAUUUACAGCCGGCGCCCCAUUACAACGACAGGCAGUGACGGCCGCGACCCCCCUGCCAAACAACAGGCGGAUAGACCCCCAAUGCAGCUAAAGACAGACUUUGACGCUGCCACACUGGGCCCAGACGCGACGGAGGCCAAGAAUGGGGGAUAUGAUUCUGUCGCGUCCGUGAACGGAUUCCUCAAUGACCGGCUCAGCAUCUGUAUUCGCAGCGGCCACAGGAUGAGCGACGACAUGCCCGAAUACAAUUUUAAGCAUAUUUAUGGCCAAGCAAGUACGCGGCUGCCAAGUGAUGCCACAAAGGCGUACAUUAGGAUUCAGAUCGCGGCCGAGGCCUUGUGGCCUCUGCUCGUGCCCGUCUUCAACCAGGCCGAGAAAGUAGCCUGCUGCCUCAUGCUAGCGUCUACUAUUCUGCACGAGCUGGCGCACGCUGCGCAUUUCGCCGGUGGCUUGCUGUGCAGACAUGCCGAUGCCCCCCCAGCCGACCUCCCCAGACAACUCCAGGGCUUGAAUGACGCUGCGCGGCGAGCGCUCAAACAGCUGUUUAAAACGGGACACAUGGGCUGGCAAGAGCCAUACUGGGAUGACGAACCCGUUGCGGAGCUGGGGUGGGCAUUCGAGAAGCAACUGUGGGGCGGAGGGGCACUGCCGGAGAAUAGUGAUAAUUGUGCUAGGCCUUGCUAUGGCCGUCGACGUCUGUUUGGAGAGCUGGCCGGGUCCAGGCCAGCGUCAGAGUCAAGGCAAAAGCGAGCAGAUAUUGCUCACCCUCCACUGCCUAUCGAGACAUACAUGUCGUUUGUGCCCCUCGAAAAGCCGAUACGAUUCUUCAAGGAAGAGUUAUGGUCGGAGGCAUGGCCAAAAUAUGGCCACCGGGCACUCAAUCUCUACGACGGGGGGCAAAUCUCUGUUCUCACUCGAAGGCAGAGGCCUGCGUCGGCUGACGUGUACCGCGCGUUUGGCCACCAAGACGGUCGGUUGAUGAUGGCUGCAUUAAGCCGCCUGGAACAGGCUGGCUACCCCAUCGUUCAUAUGUACCUGACGCAGAUGAUACUGGACCGACUGCAGCCCGCCACUGCAAUGCGGAAAUGGAGAUACCUCAGCAAUGUCUGGCCCCUUCGCUCCGCCCAGCUGAACAAGCUUCUCGCAGUCUUCAACACGCAGUCGAUUCUGGGAUCCCGGGCGUGCCUGAAGCUGGUAGCUCUAAACUCGACACGCGCCGUCAAGACCACCGCCUCCGCCGACAUGAAAAAGGCUGUGGACUCUGCCAUCGGCACCAUCACGGAUAUCCACAACUUCCUCGUCGAAGAGAUCCAGCAAGCCCAGAUCCAUGUGCGAGAAUUCCUAACCGCAAGUGUUGGCCUGCGCCAAGACCUCUACAAACUGGGUGGGCUCCAACUAUACCAGGUUCUCCACGACGACCUUGAGGAAACGAUCGACUACGUCGUUAAACAUAUCAACGCCAUCCUCGGCUGCGUAGAAAGAUUGCGCGGGCCCAUUGAUCUCAAGCCCCUCGCCGUCAAGCUGCGCGUCGCUGCAAGUGAGCUAGCCAGGACCGGGACGCUCUGCCGGGACACUAGCAAGUUCCUCAAGCCGGGUACCCGCUACCUGACAGAUACGGGCCAAGUCUUCGACCAGGGCCACCAGUCCCUAGAGACAGUUGGCCACAGCCAAUGGCUCAAGCGUGUCGAGAUCUUGGAGAAGAUGGCGGCCAAGGAGAUUCUCCUUGCGCCGCCCGUCGUCCGCGGUCUCAUCGAAAAGUUCUUCGACGUCACAGGCUUCUCCAGGCCGCCGGACCCGCCCGCCUCCGCCAGUGAAGAGGUCGCCAACAUUAAGGCCAAGAUCAAGAGCAUGGUGGCGAACCGGAGCUUCGGGAAAACACCGUCAAGAUGGGAUGCUACUGCCAAAGUCUUUGAGUCCGUCCCGCCUGCCAUCCCCCUAAUAGGACCAGAAGGUAGAUGUAAGUACCCACCCGUCAAACCCCCCUUGCCUGAUGGUGACGCGGGCCAAACUCGGCACAAAAACAAGCAUAUUUGGUUCUGACCACGGCUGAGGGCAGCAAACCUUACCACAUAUCCGUAUGGAAGCGGCCCUUUCUGGAGCGGGUUGCCUGGCUCCAAGGCCCCAUCGGUCAACAGCGUAGCAGCAUCGCAAAAGUGGUACGAUGAGCUAGACAAGUGGGGCGCGAGGGCUCCCUCGUACUCGCGACAUGUCGAGUCAAAGGUGGAAA